CUCGUCAUGGCCUCAACAUCAUGGCGGUCUUUAUACUUUUUAUCUCAUGUCUCUUUUUGGGAUGUUUUAUACUUUGCAAUGAAAUUCAUGUCGUCUUUGCGUUUGAACACAAGUGUGAACUGUAACAACAUCAAAUCCAGCCACCAAGGAGGGGAACGCUAGAGACACCACGAUGGAUCACGUCUGUACACCAUAAUGGGCUCACUUCUCGUACCCAUGAUGGUCCAUAGGAUGUGCACUCGCUUGUUUUUCUCUCUGUAUUUUUUUUUCUCUCUCCCAAAUGAUUAUUUCUGUACCCCUGCUACCGAGGCCAUUUCUCCUCCCACUACCGCCCCCCAAUGCAGCACUAGGAUAUUCACUCCAUCCACUGAGGCCCCCGGUUUUCUUUACCGCCAGUUCCAGUCCCCCAAUAACGGGCGUCUUCGUGUCAAUGUAAUCGACACAAGAGAUGAGGGGGCAUGGGGACAAGGCCCCCUUUCAUCAAUCAAUCAAUCAUCCUCAGACUCACUCACUCACUGCAUGCAUGCAUGUUAUGGGCUGGCAGUCCGCGCGCCGCACCCGGCCCGUCCGACGUGCCGUUAGCUCCACGGCGCGAAGACCCAUGGUCCAUCAGCGAAGCGAUAUCCACACCUAGCUGCACGCGUGCAAAUCCGUCCAUGGUUCAGCUGACCCUCUACCUAGCACUAUUACCUACCUACCUAC